GACCAUAACUAUUUUAGCAAAUUUAUCCAGGAAUCUCAAGAACAUCUUUUUGGAUCUGCCUCGGAUUCUCAAUGCUUGCCAAACCUGUUAGAGUCUGAGCCAGACUUGGCUCUGGAGGAGGAAGUCAGUUUCAUAGAAGCCCCCAUGCUUAUUAAUUAUAAAGCUUUGAGGUCAAACUUCACAAUAGGGUUUAUUAGAUUUCUGAAUAGGAACACUUCAGAAAUUCUGUCAGGCUCGAUUAGUGGAAGCACUCUAAUGAAGAAGAAGAGUAUACUGCCGGAAUGUCCAAUCUGCUUAGAUAACAUCAAAUCAAUUGAUCUUAUUACCACUGAGUGUGGACAUAUGUUCCAUACUGAAUGUAUGGAGAUGCAUUGCAAGUCUGAGAUUGAUUCAAAGUCUCUGCCUAUCAAGUGUCCGCUUCAGAAGUGCAGGAAGGCAGUCCAUAGCUCUCAAGUUAGGAAUAUUGUAGAGCCUGAGGUUUACAAGAAAUUAGAAAGGUUCCAACUGGAGUUAUUUGUUGAACAAAACUCAGCCUUCUACCAUUUCUGCCCAAGUCCUGACUGUACCAAUGUGUUUGAAUGGGAUGCUGGCAAAGGACUCCCUUCUAAACAAGACUGCCCAGCUUGCUUACAGACAAUUUGCUUAAAAUGCAAGACUCCAUGGCAUGAAUUCUUCACUUGUGAGGAAUUCUCAGAGAUUAAAGACUCUAGUCCUGAUGAUAUAAGGUUCCAUACGCUUCAGAAGGAGCUAAAGUUCCAGCAAUGCACCCAGUGCAAGUUCUGGGUGGAAAAGACUCAAGGAUGUAACCACAUCACUUGUAGAUGCAAGUAUGAGUUCUGCUACGUGUGUGGUGGCAAGCACAAUUCCUGUAAAUGCUAGGUCUUAAAAUGCCUGUAUUAAUGGAGUAAUUAUACAGUUUCAGUUUCAAU